GCUCAUUAAAAUAUUUUUAAUGAGGAGACGAUGAUCUAUAAAGAGAUACCCGGGUAUUUAGUAAGUAAGGGGUCUGAGUGCGGAAAAAUAGGCAAAUACACCCCACCCCGAGUCAUGCUAUAAUUAAUUUCUUGUUUCCAAACACAAUGUCAGUCAUCUACAUCAUGCUCAUGGCUCUCAUUCUAGAUAUAGGAUUCUGUUACUGACACACUCUUGUUUUUUCCAGUAUGGCUAGUUAAAUUAUCAUAUGGUUUACCGCAUUUUAUGGACUCAAGUCAAGAUGAUCAUAACCUGUGGUCCACAUUGGUCUUUUUAUUCAAGGAAAAUAAAAUUGUCCAUGUAUGCUUGGCAACUAGGAGCAGUAAAACACUUGUCGAUAAUGAAACCCGAAAAGCUUUUCCAUUAAGGCUCAUUAGCGCUCCUCAUUAACCUUUGGAAAGGUGUGGGGGCUGCCCCUCUCUCACACUCUAAUAGGCAGGCACUUGGCUGUGCUCACCACUCAUUGACUUUGUGUGCAGCGUGAGUGUGUUUAUAAGACAUCUGCUGCUCUAGCGCUGUCUCCUCCCACUUCCAAGAUCUGGUUAACAGAGUUCAGUGGCAGAACAACGCCUUGGAGGGAAACCGGACAGGGGAAACAUGAAAAACUUUCUCGUACUUUAACAUAUUGGAUCUCAAGUAUGGAGUGCCUUCUCCAUUUAGCUGGCAGAGAGGAUCAGCGCUGUCUCAGAUAAGCGGGCGACACUUUCAUCUCAGGAAAUUCCUUAGAAACAGUGAGCAGUGACAGGGCCACCAGCAAGAGAGCAGAGACUAAAACUCGACACCAGAAAACAUAUUUGCUGUUGGACUGGAGCAUCGAUUUGGGAUCCGUGGCUCUUAAACCACUCUUUACGGCCAUCAGUUGUUCACAAAGUGACCACCAUGUCCAACACUAGCGAGGAAGCUCCGUGCUGGCCCACAGCUGAGGCUGCCCCCCGAUCCACGGAACUGAGCUUCAGGGCUAAGGCAGCUGUCACCGCUGUCUAUGGAGGCCUCUUCCUGUUUGGGGUGCUGGGGAACCUCCUUGUCCUCAGGGUCACCUGGAUUCUGAAGCGUGGGACCCGCAUUCAGAAAAGCGUUUGCUACCACGUGGCAAGCAUGGCUUGCUCGGAUCUCCUGAUUCUGAGCGUGGGAAUCCCUGUGGAGCUCUACAGCAUCAUCUGGUGCCCGUAUCCCUGGCGCAUGGGGGAUGCGGGCUGCAAAGGCUUCUAUUUCUUAUGGGAGACCUGCAGCUACGCCACGGUCUUCAACAUCCUCGCCUUCAGCCUGGAGCGCUACCUGGCUGCCUGCCACCCUCUCAGGGCCAAGGCGAUGUCCAGGGACCGUUCCAAGAGGCUUGUUGUCUUGGUGUGGCUGCUCUCGUUGGUGUGCGGGAUGCCUGCCCUCUUUGCCAUGGGCGUGGAGGACGCGCUCUCCCCUUUUCGCAAUUUCGGAGACACCCGCCUGCCCGUUCUGGUCUGCACCAACAUCGCAUCGCAGGAGGGCACCUUCAAGGCCCUGGUGUACACCUCCUUCGUCCUGUAUGUGGGGGUCCUGCUGUCGGUGGGGGUCACAUGCCAGCAGAUGGUGCGAGUCCUGCUCCAAUGGCACCCUGAUUCGGUGUCAGUCAGGUGCCUAGAUGGCUCCUUCCAGCAGCUGCCCAAAUUCGGAGAGGCAGGGAGAGCAGGCUCCAGGAGGCAGAAUGUGCUGAUGUUGGGUAGGUGGCUGGGUGGUGAUUCUAUCGAUUUUGUUAACUUUUUAUGCACUGUUUUUAUUUUAUUUUUUGUUCUGCUUCACAAUGGUUAUGUUUUCACACCGUUCCUGACACGUCUCCUCCCUCCCCGAACAGGAUGCAUCGUGGGCUUGCUGGCGGUGUGCUGGGUCCCUUUCCAGAGCCGGCGCCUCAUGACGGUGCUGCGGGGGAAGAGCCACUGGACGGAGGGCUACUACCGCUCCUACAUCACCCUGCAGCCCGCCGCCAACGCGUUCUACUACCUCAGCUCGAGCGUCAACCCCCUGCUCUACAACGCCACCUCCAGGCAGUUCCGGAGAGUCUUCUCACGCCUGGUGCGUUACGACUCUUUCAGGCUGAGCUCCCGUUUUAGCUCCGCAGUCAGACGACGGGACUCUCCCCCGCCCCGUGGCGGUUUGAUAACCCCCACUUCCGGCGCCACAGACCCAGGGAAACCGGAGGGGAGGCUGGUCAGCAAAGGGGAGUCUUGCACUGAGGUGUAAAACUCCACGCUACGCGUGGCAGGGUCCCAGUUUGAAGUAGGAUUGACACCUGUGUCUGUUUUUCUGGAUCGUCCUGGUUUUGAGAAAUGUGUCCCUGGAUUUCAAUAUGCCUUCCCAGGACACUGAAUGAUCAGUUUUUUAAUCUGAUGCAUCCUCGUUCACGUAGAUUAGGACAGCAGCACCACAAUGACUUUGUUGUCUCGAUCCCCAAGUCUCCCCUGGUGUACCAUGUAGUGGCCUGAAACCGAGUCUCCUGAAACUUCCUUCCAAGGCGCAAAGUGGUUUCAUGUUCCCUGGGCUUUAUUAAGAACUAGGACGAGGCAAGUGUGUUUAUAACCUGAAAAGACAACAUCUUCCCUGUGUAUCAAAUUCAUGCCCAAAUGAUGACCUAACAAUAACACACAGCGUCCCACCCAAGCUUUUAUAAGAGCAGCUAUUUUACAAAACUCAUUUAUCCAAUUUUUGAGCAUGGAAAGUAUUGUUGGCAGCUGCAAAAUCUUUAACAAAAAUGUUUUGUAUCAAAUGCAUUCAACUUAUGUACACAAGCAAAGUGAUAUGUUGCAACAAUAAAUAUAAUUACACAACAAAUGCUACGAGCAUUAUCACAUCAAUACAGCUUCCAUUGUAUUCCCUGCUUCAAACAGGCCAUGAGUGUUGCUGUUUUUUCAGAGGGAACAGAAAUCUGUGAAUAGAAGUCUGGAAAAUGUCUCUCUCGUUCCGCAAUUAACAGCGCAGGGAUAUGAUGUUUCCUGACAGUCGAUGGGCACGCUAGCUAUCUCUGGCGUACAUGCCUCAUUAGCGCGGCAGAUGCGCGGGUCUUAAUCGGGGAAAGCAUUCCAUCUUCCAUCUAAAUUGUAUUUAUUUAUUUUUUGAAGAGAGGAACAGCAGAUGUUUUUUUUCUUCUUCUUAACCCCAGAUCAGUUUGCUCUUCGUCUUGUUUCAAUCUUCCAGCCCUUUGCAAUGCAAGUAAGGGCCAAACGCGUCCCACACAGCAAUACAAUUUUGCUAACGUUUUUAUUUUUUUGCAGCGAGGUGCUCGAAACAGGGUUUAAAAUGUACUGAACGAUUGCAUCUGGUCAUUCCAAACGCUCAGGUUCGUCGUGAUGUUCGCGUCACUCUCGGAUGUAUUUUAAGGCAGAACCCCUGAUGGGGAAAGUGCUCGUUUUCUUGUGCAUCUCAAUUUAUUGCUAACUCCCGAACAUGUUGGGUACAAUGCGUUUUUGCAGUGUGUUUUGUGCAGCAGAUGUCUGUCGAUGUUGUAUUGCUCCGCUGGACGUGCUCCACCGCGCUGGAAUGCCUGU